UACGAGCCGACACACUUGAGAAGCUGUAAUUCUAAUGUCCGAGCAAGCCCUGAACGCCUCAUCAGCUCUGGACCGGGCUCCAGCCAGUGAAGACCACGGCACCGAACAUGGGAAGCAGCGACAGCAAACUUCACUUCAGGAAGGCAGUGAUCCAACUCACCACCAGAACCCAGCCCGUGGAAGCGACAGACAAUACGUUUUGGGAUCAGUUCUGGGCCGACGCUUCUACCACGGUCCAGGAUGUCUUUGCCCUGGUUCCGGCGGCUGAGAUCCGAGCUGUGAGGGAGGAAUCUCCAUCCAACCUGGCAACACUUUGCUACAAGACGGUGGAGAAACUGGUCCAGAGCGCCGAGCGCGGCUGCCCCUCCGACAGGGACCGCCAGGUGGUCCUGAACUGCACGCGGCUGCUGACGCGCGUCUUGCCCUUCAUCUAUGAGGAUGCCGACUGGCGAGGCUUCUUCUGGUCCACUGUGCCUGGCGCCGCCAGGAGCGUGUGCGUGGAGGAAGAUGAUCAUGAUGAUGAUGAAGGUCGGCCCCUCGCUGAAUCCCUCCUCCUCGCCAUUGCCGACCUUCUCUUCUGUCCAGACUUCACCAUCAAGAGGAGCCGCCAGUCACAGGGAGUCAGCGUUGACGUGGAGUUCAUCGACAGCUGCGAGUACAUCUGGGAGGCGGGCGUCGGCUUCGCUCAGUCGCCGCCGCUCAACUCCGCCCACGACAGCAACAGGGUGGAGCUUCUAAAGCUGCUCCUCACCUGCUUCUCGGAGGUCCUCUAUCUCCCGCCGUCGGCCGCCGCCAACGCCUGGGUGACCUUCUUCUGUUCUUCAGCAAACAGACACGCUCUCCCGCUCUUCACCUCGCUGCUCAAUGUGAUUUGCGCCUACGACCCGGCGGGAUACGGCAUCCCGUACAACCACCUGCUCUUCUCCGACCACCGCGAGCUGCUGGUGGAACAAGCCCUGCAGGUUCUCAUCGUCACUCUGGAGCGGCGGACCAGCCCGCCUCCCGCCGUGGACGCCAGCGUGGUGACCUUAGGAGGGGAGGAGCCCGACUCGAGCGCCCCUGAGAACCUGUUUGUGAAUUACCUCUCCCGGAUCCACCGUGAAGAGGACCUGAGCUUCAUCCUGAAAGGACUGAGCCGCCUCCUCAACAACCCGCUGGUGCAGACCUACCUGCCACACUCCAGCAAGAAGAUCCACUUCCACCAGGAGCUGCUCAUCCUCUUCUGGAAGUUCUGCCACUUCAACAAAAAGUUUCUUUUUUUUGUGCUGAAGAGCAGCGACGUUCUGGAUCUGCUCAUCCCGAUCCUCUUCUUCCUCAACGAAGGCCGUGCUGAUCAGUCUGCUGUGGGUCUGGUGCACAUGGGUGUGUUCAUCCUGCUGUUGCUGAGCGGCGAGAGGAACUUCGGCGUGCGUCUCAACAAGCCAUUCACGCUGCGCAUCCCCAUGGACAUUCCGGUCUUCAGCGGGACCCACGCUGACCUGCUGGUGGUGAUCUUCCACAGAAUGAUGACCAGUGGACAUCAGCGCCUGCAGCCGCUCUUUGACUGCCUGCUCACCAUCAUCGUAAACAUUUCUCCUUACCUGAAGAGUUUGUCCAUGGUGGCGUCCAACAAGCUGCUGCACCUGCUGGAAGUCUUCUCCUCGCCGCACUUCCUUUUCACUGCCAUCCACAACCACCAGCUGGUCUUCUUCCUGCUGGAGGUCUUCAACAACAUCAUCCAGUAUCAGUUUGAUGGGAACAGCAACCUGGUUUACACCCUCAUCCGGAAGAGGAGCGUCUUCCACCAUCUGGCCAACCUGCCGGGGGAUGCACUGUCCAUUCAGAAGGUGCUGCAGAAGAAGAGGAGGAAGUCCGGAAUGUCCAGGAGCAACUCCUUCGAGACGGGAUCGUCGGUUAGACCCCCAGCGCGCGAUGCCGCAGAGCCCGGAAUGCCAGGAAUGGACAAGACAACCGACAAGUCUCAGGUGAGUGACGACAUCGUGGCCGCUUCAGAACCACCGCAGACCGCUGCAGACUGCAGCGCCAUCGCCGGGGCCAGCGACACAGAGUCCAACUCGGAGAGAGACCAAGAGAUGACUCCAUCGCACACUGAAGCCGGUAGUCUAGAAUCGAGCGUCUCGUCUUGUUCGUCCUCCUGGACUGCCAGCCCGGACUGGGUGCUGUCCUGGAGGUCCAAGCUUCCUCUGCAGACCAUCAUGCGACUGCUGCAGGUUCUGGUCCCUCAGGUGGAGAAGAUUUGCAUCGACAAGGGUUUGACCGAUGAGUCUGAGAUCCUGAAAUUCCUCCAACACGGAACGCUGGUCGGCCUCCUGCCGGUACCACAUCCCAUCCUGAUCCGCAAGUCCCAAGUGAACGCCAGCACGUCCUCGUGGUUCCGCACGUACAUGUGGGGUGUGGUCUACUUACGCAACGUGGAUCCUCCAGUCUGGUACGACACAGACAUACGACUCUUUGAGAUCCAGAGAACUUAAACCAGCCUCUUCUCAGCAGACCCGCUGCCAAAGUCAUCAUCAACACAGCAUGUAGUGUGUCAUGUAACCUGGCAUGUCAUGUCAUGUACUGUAGUGUGACAUGCAAUGUGGCAUGCAGUAUGUAAUGUAGCGUGACGUGUAGUGUAACAUGUACCGUAGCAUGGCAUGUAGUGUGACAUGUAAUGUCAUAUAGUGUGACACGCAAUAUGACAUGCAACAUGGCAUGCAGUAUGUCAUUUAGUAUGAUAUGUAAUGUGCCAUGUAGUGUCUCAUAUUGUAGUGUAUCAUGUAGCGUGACAUGCAAUGUGGCAUGCAGUAUGUCAUGUAGUGUGAUACGUAAUGUUCCAUGUAGUGUGUCAUAUUGUAGUGUAUCAUGUAGCAUGACAUGUAGUGUGUCGUGUACUGUGACAUGCAAUGUGGCAUGCAGUAUUUCACGUAGCAUGACAUGUAGUCUUGUAUUGUUGUUUCUCAUGUAGUGUGAUCUGAUUACCCUGCAAAGCAAAAGGCCAAAGGUAAUGAAACCUUUCACAAUAAAAGCGACAUCUUG